CGUAAAUAAGGCGCAUGCGCAGGCGUGUGAGAGCGCGCCUCUUUCUCUUCGUCGCCGGCCGGCCGAGGUUCCUGGUGUUGCCAUGGGCCGCAGACCAGCUCGCUGUUACCGGUAUUGUAAGAACAAGCCAUAUCCAAAGUCUCGUUUUUGCCGCGGUGUCCCUGAUGCCAAGAUCCGUAUCUUUGAUCUGGGUCGGAAGAAGGCGAAAGUGGAUGAGUUCCCUCUCUGUGGCCACAUGGUGUCUGAUGAAUAUGAGCAGCUCUCCUCUGAAGCCCUGGAGGCCGCUCGAAUCUGUGCCAACAAAUACAUGGUGAAAAGCUGUGGCAAGGAUGGCUUUCACAUUCGAGUGCGGCUUCAUCCCUUCCAUGUCAUCCGCAUCAACAAGAUGCUGUCCUGUGCUGGGGCUGACAGGCUCCAGACAGGUAUGCGCGGUGCCUUUGGAAAGCCCCAGGGCACAGUGGCCAGAGUCCAUAUUGGCCAAGUCAUCAUGUCCAUCCGGACCAAGCUUCAGAAUAAGGAACAUGUGAUUGAAGCCUUACGCAGGGCCAAGUUCAAGUUCCCAGGACGCCAGAAGAUCCAUAUCUCCAAGAAGUGGGGCUUUACCAAGUUUAACGCUGAUGAAUUUGAAGACAAAGUGGCUAAGAAGCGCCUCAUCCCUGAUGGCUGUGGAGUCAAAUACGUUCCCAGUCGCGGCCCUCUGGACAAGUGGCGAGCUCUGCACUCCUGAGAUCUUGGACAGCAUUGACUCCUCUGACCAUGCUGGUCUGAUAUGCUUACCAAUAAAUAUUAUUCACUGACAAAA